GCGGAAGUGACGCAUGGCGGGAAAUCUGUAAGCAGUGCUGCCUUGUCUACAGUGUGGCUGCGCGGGGUUUCCGUAGCCGAGUACACGGUCAGAGCAAGAUGCCGGCCCUGCUGGAGAGCUGCCAGUCCUUGUUCGGCUCCUCCGACCUGUACAAGGUGUUGAGGGUCCGGAGAGAGUCCAGGGAUGGGGAGAUCCGCCGGGGCUAUCACAAGGUGUCCCUGGAGGUACACCCGGACCGGGUCCCGGAUGGAGAGAAGGAAGAGGCAACCCUCAAAUUCCAGGUACUUGGAAAAGUGUAUGCUGUUCUCAGUGAUCAAGAACAACGAGCUUUGUAUGAUGAACAAGGAAUUGUUGAUGAAGAAGCAGAAUCUAUAAGCCAAGAUCGCAACUGGGAAGAAUAUUGGAGAUUGUUGUUUCAUAAGGUAACAAUGGAAGAUAUAACAUCAUAUAAAGAAAAAUAUCAGGGUUCAGAGGAAGAAAGGACGGAGAUCCUGCAAGCUUAUAUGGACUUUGAAGGAGAUAUGGAUGAGAUCAUGAAUUCUGUUCCAUGUGCUGAAUAUUCAGAUGAACCAAGAAUCAGAGCGAUCAUAGAGAAAGCCAUUAAGCAGAAAAAAGUUUCAUCUUAUAAUGCCUUUGUAAAAGAAUCAAAAAAGAAACAUUCACAACGUCAGAAGAGGGGUCAUCAAGAAGCCAAAGAAGCUGAACAGAUGGCAAAGGAGCUUAACCUUGGUGAAGGUACUGAUGACCUAAAAGCUUUAAUUCAGAAAAGACAAAAAGAACGUGAAAAGGAAGCAGAUAGUUUCUUUGCUCAAAUGGAAGCAAAAUACUGCAACAAUGCUUCAAAAGGAGGGAAGAAACAAGUAAAGAAGAAGAAACAGUGACCUAUGCAAGACUUUCCAAUCUAACUAGAGGCUUGCUUAGUAAUGUAAAUUUAGGUUGCUCAUCUGCAGGUGAAGAUUAAAAUCAAAAGAAAAUGAGUUUUCAGGAUCGCAAUACAAGUGUGGAUGUAUUAUAGCUUGACCUCUUUAUUUACUUUCACAUACCAUUUUGUUCCUGGACUGGAGUGAAAUCUCAUCCAGAAUGUACUUAUUUUUUUUCCUUUCUAUUCCACCUCCCCUCUAUCGGGUUAUGCCUGAGAGGUAUGGAGCCUACAGACAAGUUAUAAGGUGGUCCUUGAACAUUACAUUAUUUAAUGUUGAAUUAGUAUUACCAGUUGUCCAUGUGAUUUUGCAAACUUGUCUUCUUUAUGGUUAAGAAGCAUAAUCUAACUAGCCUAGUGCAGUUUAUAGUGGCACUCUAAGCCCAUAUCAACCCCAUUGUAGUAGUUAUGGUGGCAGCAUGCUGUGUGUGUAUUAAAUAGUUUUACACUCAGCAUUUGGAUGUUCAUAAUCCUCUACAACAGGGUAUAUCUUUUCUUAAAAUACUGAGUUACACACAGUGUUAGUAUGUGACACUUAAGCAUUCUAAUUAGGGCAUGCCAUUCAGGCUUUAGGAGCUGCUCUACUCUGCUUAAUUAUGUCUUAGGACUGAACCAGACACUGUUGUCCACUCAAUUUUCAGCUAAGUUAGGCAGGAUUAAUGUGUGCGUGUGUUGAGGUGUAAGUUACGUAGCUUUGAGCCAAACAAAAUUGUUUCGGAGUUUAUUAAAGGGACACUCUAAGCACCAAAACCAAUACAUUUUAAUGCAGUGGUUUUGGUGCACCGAUGCGGUCACAGUCCACUGGGCAUUUAAAACCUUUUCAGAGAACACAGUGUGAUAAAGCAUUGUUGGGGGCUAAUGCUCAUGCACAGCAGUCUCUGCAGAGCGUGGAGACGCUGAAUAUCAGACAUGCAGUCUUGCCAGAACCUUGCCCAGGAAGUAGUUAAAAUGGCUGUCAAAGUGAGCCACUAGAGGUGACAUUAGGUAGCUAUGUAAACACACUGCCCUUUUCUCAGAAAAGGCAGUGUAUAUAUACUGCUGAGCCUUUAGAGAUGAGCUCUGUCCCUUUUAAGGUAUUGACGCUUGGUUGUGUCAUGCAGAGCAUAAUGACACCAAACGUCUAAUUUAUUCAUUUUUCCCCCCCUAUCUUUUUAGGAGUGUUGCAGAGAGCAAGCAAAACUAGCAAUACAAAUAUUUAUUUUUAAUCUUCCUUUUAAGGGAGAAGAGUGGUGUGUGGCUAAUCAAAGUAUCCACAUUUAUACAGCAAGGAGACACAUAAUGUUGUUGCAAUUUAAUGCUUUGUUUGUACUAUUCUUUUUCUCAAUAAAAUGGUAAAAUGUUCGGAAUUG